AUGGCUCGUGGUCAUCAAAAAUUCCAAUCACAACAAAGGAAUUUGAAGAAACAAGAAGAAUUGAGAAAGCAGAAGGGAAGUGAUCAAAAAGCCGCAGCACAGAAGGCACUAACUCACAAGUGCACUGUGUGUAUGGUUAGUGAUUGA